AUGGCCGACACCGCCGCACGCACAGGCUUCGCGCAGAAGCAGCACCGCCGCCCAGGAUCGCGCAUCGUGCCUGCCAUCCCAUACCGUCUGUCUAAAUCCCAGCCAUCUGCAAGACCCAUCACGCCAGAAGGCUCCAACAAAGGCACCGCCGCUCAGCCAUCUGAGCCGCAGCCGGAGCCGCAACCAGUGCCGGAGAAGCAGGUAGAAGAGCAAGCCGAACAGAAGCAUGCAGAGCCCGUACAAACUCCUCUUACGCCCGAGUCGAACGUUUCUGGCGCCGUAAAGAGAGAAUUGCCAGCAGACGCCUUGGCUAGUCCAUCGCAGAAUGGACACAAAGCAUCAGCAGACGCUCAUGAUACAGAAACCCACGUCAACGGCCAUGCCAACGGACAUACCGACGAGAAGCCUCCCCCGCCGACGGAGCCCAGCGCCGAACCGAAGCCAGCCGUGAAUGGGGUGCAUCGCAAGUUGACCAUACCCGCUCAUCUGCCCCCGCCCUUCUAUCCUUCGAAUAAGACCGAUACGCCGCCAGCAGAGGGGAGUGACACUCUGUCGCACCGACACCAGCUCAGUGCAGGCGCCCUGGUCUUCCAGAGCGCAAAUGAGUCACCAGCACCUCCUGUGACAUCUCAAGAGCCAGAACUGCAUCCGCACGAACAGCACUCGCUGCCUCGUCCGCCGCCUGGCUUUGGUCCCCAGCAAUUCGCGCCCUAUUUUCCAGGUCAUGCUCAACAUCCCUCAGAGGCAGGAGCGCCCUGGCACAUGCCCCCGCACACAGUUGCGCCGCCUGAACCCACAUACACAAACGGCUCUGAAUUUCGCCUUUCACAGUUCCCCAGCGGUCCGAACGGCUACCCGAACCCUUACAAUAGUCAUUUUUCGCCGGAACAGGCAACUUUUGUCGGAAAUGGUACCCUCACCUCGCACUCGCAGUCACCGAGCAAAGCACGAUUUGGCGAAGCAGUACCGACUUCAGAGCAUGGCGAUGAGCAUCAUGCCUUGUCUUACCAAAACGGUACUGCACCUCCUGCCGAACGUCUGGAGGAGUCGCCUUUCGAGCUUGCGGGAUAUCUGUCUACACAGUUCGGGAACCCCGAAUUCGCUGAUUUUGUCCUCCAAGUUCGGUCGCCGGAAUCGGUCCUGGUGUCAGUACCGGUGCACGGCAUCGUAGUCGUACGCAGCCCAGUCAUAGCAGAAGCCAUCCGUCGUAGUCCUGCCCCAAGUCAUCGUAGCAGGGAUGCGCGUCGGCUGGUCGAUGUCCUUGCACUAGACCCUUUCACCACCAGCGAAUCCCUGGAAGAAACUGUCAGAGUCCUGUAUGGUGCCCCACUUCUUUCCGCCCAGACUUUCCUGUAUGGUCUCGCACCUUAUAUGUACGAGAGUGAGCAAGCGUCCCCCUCCAACGAUGCUCGCCGGCGCAUGCAACAAGUUCUGAGCUACAUCGCGGCAGCGAGGACUUUCCAGAUACCUAGCAUGCAAGCACGUGGCAUCGAGAUUGCAAGGAUGCUUCUCCGAUGGGACACUGUGGAGCAGGUCUUGCAAUACACACUGCAAGCCAGCCCUGGACCACGGCCGAGAGCCGAAGGUCCUGAUACGGAUGACCCCUUCAUCUCAACGUUGCUGAACUACGCUCUCGAGUUCGUCGCCUUCACCUUCCCGGUUGACUUCAAGCUCUACUCGAUAGCACCUGAAUUCUCCGACGCCCCGCGUCUGCCCACGGUCGUCGAAAAUCGCCAGGCCGCGCAUAAUCCACGGCUAAGCAAGAUUCGCUUUGGUGAUGCGCCGACGGAAGAGGACCACCAGCCCAGCCAUGCGACUGUCGUGUUGUCGACCAUUCUUCUAUCGCUGCCACUUCCACUCGUAGAGCGCCUCUUUAAUCAUCGUGCGACAGCUAACCAGAUCGGCUGGACUGGUGUUACUAAGAUCUUACGGGAUGUCAUCAACGAGCGCGAAAACCGGCGCCAGAUAGCUUCGCGAAGCCAGUUGAAGCCGACUCAAGAUGGCACGAUCCCUGACGGGCUGUUAGACAACGUGUAUCUUGAGGAGCGCGUGGAACAGGUCGAGCCAUCGCCUCUUCAUCCUUCCGGCCAUCGGUUGGCGACAAAACGGGUCGCUGCGCUGUCGAUCACGACAGUUGCAGCCACGGGACUAGGAAUGGAACCUACCAACAUCUUGUCGCUAGAACGCGAUACACAAACAGCAGCGGCAUCGGAUGCGUCAACGACUUUCGAUGAGAAACCAAGUCAUCAGGCGUCUCUUGCUUCAUUGCACAGCGCGCAUAACUCUGUGGCGAAUCAGGAUCAUGAGAAAGGCCAGCACGUGACCGAAGCUACGAAUGACGAAGGCGCUGCAGGUUUAGGGACGACGUUGGAGCCUGUUCGGUCAGCGCAUCCUAGUGUGAAGGAUGUGUCCAAGAUACCAAAUGGAGGGUUAUGGGCGUGGUUACAGGUGGUUGGUGGAUUUUUCCUGCUGUUUAAUUCUUGGGGCAUCAUCAACACAUUCGGAUCCUAUCAAGCAUACUACGAGACCAACCUACUCGCCGAUUCGAGUCCCUCUUCCAUCUCAUGGAUCGGUUCUAUUCAAGCUUUCCUCCUUCUCUUGGUCGGCGCACUCACUGGUCCGAUAUACGACGCAGGUUACUUCCGCGAAUUACUCAUUGUCGGAAGUGUCAUGUUGGUUUUGGGCCAGAUGAUGCUCAGCCUGUGCCAUGCGUACUGGCAAGUGCUCCUCGCGCAAGCUUUCUGCAUCGGUAUUGGAACAGGCUGUUUGUUCAUCCCUAGCGUGGCUAUUCUUUCCACGUACUUUUCUACCAGGAUCGGAACUGCGAUUGGACUCGCCGCAUCUGGGUCGUCGUUUGGAGGUGUCAUCUAUCCUAUCGUGUUCCACAAGCUUCUCCCCCAGAUCGGAUUUGCUUGGACGACAAGGGUUUUGGGGUUUAUUAUUCUGGCGACGAUGAUCAUACCCAAUGUUUGCAUGCGCGUUCGCGUUCUACCAGCAAAAUCCCGCUCUCUCCUCGAUUUGCGCGCCUUCUUGAUGCCGGCGUAUAGUCUCCAAGUCGCUGGAUUCUUCCUCGGUUUCAUGGGAUUAUAUAUGCCGUUCUUCUACGCACAAGUCUACGCUAUCCAGGAACACAUCACGAACGAGAGUAUGGCCUUUUAUCUCCUUGCUGUUAUGAACAGUACGAGCGUUUUUGGUCGUAUAGUACCCAACUUGUUCUCCGAUAAAGUCGGCCCUUUCAACGUAGUGAUUCCUUGCACUAUCAUAUCGGGUCUCCUCUGUAUAUGCUUCAUAGCUGUCUCAUCUACCGCUGGUAUAGUCGUCCUCAUGGCAUGUUAUGGUUUCUUCUCUGGAUCUUUCGUCUCGCUACCACCCACCAUCAUUGUCCAUCUAAGCACCGACGCGCGAGACAAGAUUGGCACAAGACUAGGUCAGAGUUUCGGUGUCGUGGCUAUCGGUUUACUUGUCGGAACUCCAAUCGGAGGCGCGAUCCAAGGUCAUAGCGGUUUCGAUAGUCUUUGGGUUUUCGGAGGAUGUUUGCUAUUCGGAAGCGCGGUGCUGCUUGUCACUGCGCGGGUGGCAUUCAAGGGAUGGAAGGUUAUGGUCAGAGCAUAA